AAAUCGUUAGAAAACUAUGAGAAUGACAUUGGCACGAACAUGCGAAUUGCCAUUAAUUUGUGCUAGACUGGUAGCCAAAAUGCAAUUGAUAUGAACUUUAAUUCGAAGUACGCCCAUGAUAUUAAAUUGAUAAACAUAAAAUCUAAGUAAUUCUCGACAUAUUAUAUUAUAGUGGCAUUAAUGUUUUCAACCCGUUCCUAGUGUUAUAUUACCUAUUGAAGUUACUCGUUAUAAGUGAUUUGUUUACUAUGUAAUAAACCUAUAAUAUAGAAGAAAAUACUGAAAUUGACGAACCUAUACAGAAUAUUAAUAGUUAUGGUACUUGAAUUAAUAUAUACACAGUAAUCUGUAUAUUAGAUGGAGGCAAAAUGCAAGGAAGUCAAAGGGUUGUUAUGUUCUGCCUGCUAACAACUGUAUUGCCUGCAAUUUUAAUAAUUUCACCAUUAUACCUCAGAAACAUAAGAUAUGCUGAUGUAAUGUAUAAAGUGUCAGACUCUGAUGUAAUACAGAUUCAUAAAGGACAGUCAUCAAUAUUUUGUGAAAAACAUUCCAUUAAAAUGAACAGCAGUUUUAAUGCAUUCCAAAUGAAGGGGAAACCUAAAUUAGCUAGUAAAAAAAGACAUAUAAGGUUAAGAAAAUCGAUGACCUUACCUGAUGACACUCUAGAGUAUUGGGGAUUCUAUCUUUUUGCAGGAUCUACUGUAGAGUUAAAAGCUUGUUCUAGAUAUGAUGGUUCAAAAAUAUUGGUUGUGAAAGGUGAUAAGAUAUUUGAUACUUGUGGAAUUUUAGAAAGUAAAUACAAAAGAGAUCCUUUGGUAGUUGAAAACCAUGGACAUGUUUCAGUAACAUUAGAAAAUCCUAAAGACAAAAAGAGAGAAAUAAUCGAAGACAACUAUAAUAAUAAUAAAUUAUGGUUAGGUGAUAUACCUGGAAGUAAAGUGAUAACUAAACAUAAACGAGAUGUUGUACCUCCGCCUUUGCACAACCCUAAUACUGUUUUAGAUGCUGGAGUAAAUCACGGAGGAAAUGCACUCAACAACUCUAUAGGGCCAGCAGAAGAUAAAUCUGUAUCAAGUUUUGAAUCUGGUUUAUAUGAAUGCUACAAUGAUAAUAUACUAAUGAAUGAUUUUUUCCCUUAUUCCAUACAAUGUAACAAUACAAAAUAUUUAGAAGACAUAAAAACACUGAAAGUAGUUCAUGAAGUGAUGUCAGAUGGAUAUUAUUAUUAUAUAUUUUAUAGUGAUAAUGAUUUUGUUAAUAAUGAUAUUCAUGCAAUUUUUGAUAUCUUCAAACCAACAUUCCAAUACUCUAAUAUAUCUAACUCCAAAAUGUGUCUCAACAGGACAGAAUGUGUAUUUGCUGUAGAAAUGUUUAGUGAUGAAUUAGUAAUAGUUGAGGUUCCUACAAAGGAUGGUUUAAAUAAUAAUGAUGAUAAUGUUUUUAUACUUACAUCUGUGUGCCAUCCUCGUGUGUCUGUAUAUAUUUUCUUCCCAGUAUCUGUCCUGUUGCUAAUUCUAGUUUUUGCAUUUUUAUGAUAUUUAUUUAUGGUAUUUUUUUACAUUCUGUUUAUUAGGAUUAAUAUAGCUAGAAGUGUGAUAUUAGUUUAUUAAAAUAGGUGUUCCUAUUUAAUUUUUGUUGAAGUAUCUACCUAUAUUAAGACUGUGAUGAUAUUUUUGCCUGGUAUCUAUAAUGUUAAUAAUGUUAGAGAUUUAAAAGAAUUAUAAUAAAUGAUUACAUAGUUAAAAAAUUGAUAACAUGAUCUGAAGGACGACACUCUCGUUCUAACUUGAAGUGGCGUCAUUUCUGCGUCGAAGCGGUCAAGAGAAGUGUUUCCUUUAUGUGUACCGGCAAAGUCUUAGCAAUAGUAGAUUCAGUAUUUGCUUUGAAGUUCCCGAAAGAACUAAAAAUCGCAAUAUAUUGUGUAAAACAUUCCUUAUGAAAAAAGUUUCGCAUAUUGAUAAAAAUUUUCCCACAGGCAUUCAUGGCAAUUCGAUCAAAUUACUGGUAUUGUAGUGUGGUCAUUUUCAUGUCUCAUCUCAGCGAUAGGACAAGCAAUUAACAAGUGGACGACAUAACAACUAAUUAUUAUCUUGUGGCGCAUACCUAUUAGCGCUAAAAAGGCAAUUCGAAGCGAUGCAACGCGUUAGUGAGUGCUGGUAUCGUCGUAGUCUCCUCUCUACCCUCGGUGCUGGUGCAAAACGUAUGAUUUGCUACUCCCUUUGUCUUGUAAAAUAUACCAAGGGAUGAAUUUUAAUUCCACUACAAGUUAGCCCUUGACUGCAAUCUCACCAUAUGGUCACCAUACCAUAGGUAUGGCACUUAUAUUAAUACCCAUAACCCUAAUCUGUUUUUACAAGACUUCGUACCAAAAAGCUAAGUGGUCUAGCGGCAUGUCUUUGUGGGUAGGAUGGUAGCUAGCCACGACUGAAACCUCCCACCAGCCCAGAGUAGAGAAAGCUGCCCUGGGAAUAGAACCCAGGACCUCCCAUUUAUAACCACAGCGCUCACCGCUGUCGCCAAUCCUACUGUCCCCGUUGUUAACAAGGACUAUUCAAUAUAGUGUAUAGUAGUUAUUCAACUACAUUCAAUCUUAACCAGGAUAAAUUGGGAUUUCAUUCAAUAGUUAUUUUUUGUAAUCUGAAACGCCUACCGAUAUUAUCAUAGCAAUGUUACAAAUAAGUAGACAUCAGACACUCCGUAUCUCUGAUAAUACCCGCAGGCAUUUCAGAUUUCCAGUACUUUUCACAGCGCAGUCAGGCCCAACUUAUGAUAGGGCUAGUGAUGGGGAUUUAAUGGAAAUACACAGUACGCAAUUCUUCUCCGCAUUAGUCCGU